UAGGUCAGAGGUCAUACGUGACGAGGGGUGUUGCCAUGGCCGCCCAAACUUUGUUUAGCUUCCUGAUCAUUCACAAAGGGAGACAUUUUCUUGGAUUUUGACAGAUCAGAAGCAUUUAUUCGACACAGUUUGAGUUUGAAGAUUUUUUAGAGAUUGCUUAAAGUCAUUACGAUUGUGAGGAAGAAUUAGAAUAGCGUUUGCCUGUUUACUUCUGUUUACUUCUGUUUACUUCGAGAUUGCGAACUGCUCUGCAACGUCCACGUCCAGAAUUUUCAGGAGUUGAACUGUACUUUCUUGGACAACGAAGAUGCCACAUUUGAAGCACCCGAGAGCAACAGAGCCAUUGUGGAAAUCUUGGGACUUCAAGGCGCAGAAAGCAGGCGUCAGGCACACCGUGUACUCUGUAAACGGCGACCAAUAUACAGGAGAAUGGCUGGACAACAAGAAGCAUGGUAAAGGAACCCAGACGUGGAAGAGGAAUGGCGCUAUCUAUGAUGGUGACUGGAAGUUUGGCAAGCGGAACGGCUUCGGCACCUACAGCACCCCCCUGCCAGGUGGGGGGUACAAGAAAAUCUACUCAGGGGGGUGGAAAAAUGACAAAAAGCAUGGUUAUGGCACAAACUUCUACUCAGAGGAUGAUUACUACGAGGGAGAAUGGUAUGCAGACAAGCGCAGUGGAUGGGGACGCAUGUACUACGCAGACGGCAGUAUAUACGAGGGGGAAUGGUAUGACGACAAACAGAAUGGAGAGGGCAUGCUCAGACUAGCCAAUGAGAACAGGUAUGAAGGCCACUGGAAGGAUGGGAAGAAGCAUGGGGAGGGGAAGUUUUUCUACCUGGAUAAGGGGCAGAUGUACCAGGGUGUGUGGGUGGAGGAUGUGCCCAAGUGUGGAACCAUGGUGGACUUCGGCAGGGAGGGGGCACCUGCACCUACUGUCUACCCUAUACCUAAGAUAACGCUUGCUGACUCAGGAGAAGUCUUAGAAGAUGCCAAGGCAACAUUUCUUCAAGAAAAGGAAUGACAACUUUGACCUGAAGAGAAUUUAUAUGUUACUGUACCUCCAAGUUUUUUAACCUCUGAAUUUUACACAUGCUGAAUUGUAUAAAUCAUCCAGUAAAGGUCUUGAAUGUUGUUGGAUUUUAAAUGAUAGCAUUUUUACAAACUUUUUAUCCUAAAUAUUCAAACUGAAAUUUUAGCCUCUAAGACUACAAAUACAGAUACAAGAUUUGAUAAAUUAUGUGCCAAAUUUCCAUUGGCAAACUGGGAGUCAAUAGAAGUUAGAAGUGUCUACGUACAAUGCUUUUUAUGUAAAUAUGUGUAACAUACUUGUCUUUGCUGGAAUGCUUUUUAGUCUUGUACAGAAUUUGUAAGAACAAUUGAAGAAACGUUAUCUUAUACAACUAUUGAAAAUCAUGUCAUUUACAUUCCAUGAAGGUUUAUUGCAAACAGUGCAUCUAUUCCUCAAAGCAAUAUGAAGUUGAAAUUUCUACCAAUGCUUAUAUAUACUGUUGAAUCAAGGUAAAAAGAUUAUGAUGGAAUGAUGAAAGAGAAUAUGUAUUUGAGGGACUUAUCAAAUAUGACCGUGUGUGUGACUUGCCAUUAAAAAGGCAUGAAAGGGUAACAUUUUGUACUGUUCA